AUGCGCUCCCCUGGUGCUAUGAGUGAAAAGGUCAAUACUGUUCCCGGCUGUGAUUUUUUGGUGAAUUCUGUCUGGCCAGAAAUAGUACCAGGAUUAGAAGAAAAGUUACCCACGCUUUUUAAUCCUGGGGAUCCUGAUACAUUUCACCAGAAAUAUACCGUAAGUAUGGAUUUUGUAAGAACAUUUGAAUGGCAGUGUGGAUCACAGGCCAGCGUAAAAAGAUUAAGAGCACAUCCUGCCUAUCACAGCUUCAAUAAUAAGUGGAACUUGCCUGUUUAUUUUCAAAUAAGGUCAACAGUUGUGACACGACUCCUUUGA